UUCGAAGUCUCGGGAACGGUGCUGUCAGUAGGUAAGGGUGUGAAUCGUUUCAAAGAAGGCGAUCGAGUGAUCGCGUUACGACCCGAGGGCACAGGUGCAUUCGCAGAACAUUGUAUGUUGUCAUCAACAACUGAUAUCAUCAUUACCAUACCUUAUUCACUAAGUUUCGAUCUCGCCACGUGCUUACCUGUUAGUUAUGGCACUGCCUAUAUGAUACUUCAGAAAAUGGCCACCGAAAGACAAGGUAGUUCUGUGUUGAUACUGGCAAGUCGAGGCACAAUUGGUAUGAGUACUAUCGACCUCGCACAGAAUGUUUUCAAAGCACAGGCAGAUGAACUUAAGGUGUUCGGUGCAAGUGACACAGAGGAGAAGUUAAGCAAGAUACGUGCCACGGGUGUGCAUUCGACAUUCAAUUGGAACGAUAAAAAUUUUUUGAAAGAAUUGAAAAAAGUUACGUUUGAUAAGGGUGUCGAUGUGAUCAUUGACACUGUUGGCGGAAAACAGUUCGAACAAGCGCUAGCCGGCUUAAAGGUCGGUGGUUAUGUGAUCAGUGCUGGUUUUUCAUCAGGAAUUAUUCCAUCCAUUAGUCUUCUUGAUCUGCAUCGAUCACAGGCUACUGUUUGUGGUAUUUGGCUUGGUGGACGGCCUCAGCUAGAUGUGGAGAAUGUUCUCAAUUCAGUGAUCUCACUCUAUGACGAAGGAUAUUUGAAUGUUUCAAUCGAGAAAAGAUAUCCUCUCGAAAAGAUAAACGAUUGCAUAAAGGAUAUAAAAGAGGAGAAUGUAUUUGGCAAAUUACUGAUUGAUAUGCACUGA